UACCAAAUUAUUAUUUAGAAUUCAAGCCAAGCUGACAUGUGACAUUAACUCACUGCCUGUUAUAGAGCAUGGGAGCAAUUCUAUUUCUCCUGAUUCUGGCGCUUCUCAAGGACCAUGGUCAUGGAGCUCCACAGAAAGAUAUCGAUGAGUGUAGUAACAACUCACUCAUCUGUGGGGACAAUUCAGCUUGUUUCAAUACUGUUGGUAGCUACUACUGUGAGUGUCUUACUGGAUUUAAGGACUUCGCUGGUGCCACUCGACAAUGCUUGGACAUAGAUGAGUGUGCUGAGAACCAACAUAUUUGUGGGGAAUGGGACAUCUGUCUCAAUCAGGUGGGUAGCUACCAGUGCAAGUGUCCCACAGGAUUCAGUAACUACAACUACAGACGACCUCACUGUGUAGAUAUCAAUGAGUGUAUGGCCAAUCCCCAAAUCUGUGAGGACCAUUCAAUUUGCCUCAAUACCAUUGGCAGUUACUAUUGUGAGUGUCUUCCUGGGUUCACAUUACAGCCCACAAAUAUUGCAACUGGACAGUGUUUGGACAUUAACGUGUGUAACACAGAAGGAGUAUGUGGAAAGGGGGGCAUCUGCCACAACCUGAAUGGCAGCUACUGGUGCCUGUGUCCUGCUGGAUUUACUAACUUCGGCAACAACCAAACUAAGUGUGUAGAGCUUAAUUGUGACCAGUAUGAAACACAGCCUGGUCAGACUCUACCAGGCUUUUACAGUUUCGUGUCUCUGUUGAGAAACAACUGUUUGGUGUUGAGCAACUCUACAUUGCCUGGAACUUCAAGACAGCUGCUGACUGCAAAUGUGCUUUUGACAUUACUUGUUAAUACCACUGAUGUUCUUCACCUGGGCGUCCAGUCCAAUGGUGAAGUGACUAAGUUACUGAGGACAAUUGAAAUGUCUAUCAGACUGAUCGCUCCACUGCUGACAGAGAACGUGACCAGGAUAGAGACCAACCACACAAAGGCUGAGAUUAUGGUGAGGAGAGACAAGAAUCCACCUGAAGGACCAGUCAGCCUGACCAAUGAGAACACUCAACUUGACACCACCUGGGAGACGGCGGUUGGAGAUUACCAGAAUUACCCAGGGUUUGCCUUUGUCGUUCUGCUCAGCUAUAAGAAUCUGGAUACUCUGAAGGACAGUUUUUCUCAUCAGAGCCAGCAGCUCAUGUCCAGUGCUGUGACGGUGUCCGUUAGCAACUCCAACACAACAAACCUGCCCCAACCGGUUAAUCUCACCUUCAAUCACCUGCAGUCCAGUGAUGUUGACCCCACCUGUGUUUAUUGGUCGGAUGAGAAUGGACCGGGGGAGUGGUCUGGGCAGGGUUGCACUUCAGUGAUGUCAAACUCCACCCACACUGUGUGCUCCUGCAACCAUCUCAGCACAUUUGCUCUGCUGAAGGGAAUCCAUCAGAAAAAGGAAAGCGGCCAGCUGUCGGUGGUGAUGUGGGUGGGCAUUUCUGUGGCACUGGCCUUUGUGGUCCUAUCCCUGAUCAUGUCCCUGUGGUGUCGCAAUUUCAGUCGCAAACGCCGUGGAGGACACCGACUGCAACAGGAUAUACAACUCUAUAGCAAAUAAGACAUGGAUUUGAACUAUUGGUGUUAUAAGAAAAGCUUUACUUGGAAUCCAUUUGUAAAAUUGUCUCUUGGCUUGCAAGGACAAAUGCCAGCAUUUUUAUUUAAUUAAGUAGUAUAAAAUGUAUCAAACAAAAAAUAUAUAAGAACACAUAACUUUAUGUUAAUAGAUAUACAAUAUCUCAUGUAUAUAACGCUUAAAAGUUCCAGACUGUAACAGCAGAGCUCUCAUCUCUAUGGCAAAAUACAUAAGUCAUUUUAGUCUCAUAAGCAUGGUCUGUAAUUUGUAGCAUGAAUUUUUCUAGAAUAGUGGUAUAUCCACUCAAAGCUGUAUUUGUCCAGUAUCAUGCCACUUGGUUGUUGUUGUAACCGAGUUAUUUUAAGUGAAAGUAAUAUUUUUCCUGUGUAUUAAAAUGUAUUUUAAUC